AUGAAAACAGUGUAUGUCUUGUCAGAUAGUAUCUCAAAUGAGUUUUGUUUCGUUCGAAGCCUGAAGCAAGUUAGAGAUUCGAACUUUCCUACGAUAGCUUUAUCUGUGUUGGUCAAUGUUUUGGAAGGUUUGAUAGCUGUGAAAAGUGAAGAACAUAUUCACUUUCAGCUUGAGGAUAGGUUGAGAAUUUUUCUGAAUCUCUCAUGA